AUGGGCAAAAAGCUCUCAAUUCGAAUUCCGAAUUUAAAUCACUUGGCUUCAAAGCAUAGGACGGCGGUCGCCACGGUCCUGUUCAGCCUCCCAACAGCGAAACCCGAUAGGAAUUCUACUGGGAAAAGCCCGAAAUGGUCAGCCAGAGCCAUAAAGUCGUUUGCUAUGGCUGAAUUGGAAGCGCGGAAGCUUAAAUAUCCCAAUACUGGGACCGAAGCACUUCUAAUGGGGAUUUUGGUUGAGGGAACAAGCCUAGCUGCAAAGUUUCUUAGAGCUAAUGGAAUUACACUUUUCAAGGUUCGAGAUGAAACUGUAAAUUUACUUGGAAAAUCAGACCUGUACUUUUUCAGCCCUGAGCAUCCUCCAUUGACUGAACCAGCUCAGAGGGCCCUUGACUGGGCUGUUGAUCAGAAGCUAAAAUCAGGAGAAAAUGGGGAAAUAACAGUAGCUCAUCUGCUUCUUGGGAUUUGGUCUGAAAAAGAGUCAGCAGGUCACAAGAUCUUGGCAUCCCUAGGUUUUGAUGACGAGAAAGCUAAAGAGCUUUCCAAAUCUAUGGACACAGAUUAUGUUUCUAGCUUUAAAUAA